AUGUAUGGGGAUCUGGGUAAUAAGCUUGUGCAACAUGCAAAGCGAACCCAAAAGCUAGAGCAUCUCCCUCCGUAUCAGACCGAAACGGUGCGGGCAGUAACGCGAGAAGUGCGAGAUCUGGAUAAAGAUGUAUCGAACAUCCUCCAAUCCUUCAAUGGCUCCUUCGAUCCCUCUGCAAAUCCUGCAACGGCCUGUACCCUCUUAGUCGAUCACCUCUGCAUGCGUCGGAACAAACGAUGUCUUCUGGCAUACCAUCAUACGCGGACUGACAAGCUGGAGGAGAUGGUAUGGAGUGGGAACGAAAUCGCGGAUCUGGCGGCGCAACAGAGGGGUCCGAAGGAGGGUCAGAAUGGGGCAGCAGAUCUCGGAAACGGGGAAGGGAACAGUAGCAGUCUGAGUCCUGAAGAGGAGGAAUACGUCAGGCAGUAUAGCGACUUACUGGCUGCUUAUAAGGGGCAAUGGACGGAUAUUGACUUGACUGGGAGUCUUGAACCCCCGCGGGAUCUGUUCAUUGAUGUACGUGUCUUGAAGGAUGCUGGGGAGAUACAGACGGAGUAUGGCACCAUAAACCUUACCAAGAACUCGCAAUUCUACGUUCGACAAGGAGAUGUAGAGCGUCUUAUUGCACAAGGAUACUUGCAGAAGCUGAGCUGA